AUGCUCAACAAAGCCUUUAAAUACGCCUUCGCGAUCAGCGGUGUACUGGGAACGCUGAUUGGCAUCCUCUCUACCUGGUUGACGGCCCAGACUCUCACCGUUCCCCCCAUCCAGCAGACGCAGGGCAAGAAGGGUACCGUUCUAUUCUUCAUCAACGAAGAAUAUGGCCUCACCAACGUACACUUGGACACCGCUCAGGCUCUCCUUGAGCACCAUCCAUCCGUCACCAUCCACGUCGCCUCGUUUCCAGAGGCCACGAAGAGGGGAAUCGGUAACCUGGCAAGAGCUAUGCCAAUCUUCGCUUUGCCAUGGUCAGCCGAAGACCACCUUAAUAUCUACCAUGCGGCAAUGCAAGUUCUCCUUCGUGUGGACCCUGCUGUGGUCGUCUUGGAUACGUACAUGACCCCGGCCAUCGACGCUACACGCCAGGCGAAUUAUGUUCAUACCAUCAUCGAGUCCAACUCCAUGAUCCAUGCCUUUUACCUGGCUCAGCCGUACUGGAGCAUGUUCUGGAAGUAUCCCAUGCUUGGGACCGGUUUCACAUAUCCAGUGCCUUGGCGACAAAUACCUGAGAACAUCUACGUCACUGCAAGACUAGUAUACAGCUUCCUGUUCGAUCCACACGCCAGAGAGAAACGCAAGUACCUCCAAGAACAUGGCAUAGCUAAUCCAGCAAGCUACAAUCUUCAUCGCCCGGACGUUCCUUGGUUCACUCGGACCAUGUUCGACGCCGGCGUCCGCCCCGAGGUCGUGCCAGCAAAUGUAACCGGCGUCGGACCAAUAAUCCUCGGCGUCGCUCCGGCCAUCGAGCAGGACCUCGAGUUAGUUGAGUGGCUCAGUAAGACACGUACCGUCCUUGUUAAUCUCGGAACCCUAUUUACCCACAAUGAAGAACGGGCCACAGUGAUGGCAGAGGCACUCGAGAUUCUUCUUCUUGAGCAUACCAAGGUUCAAGUUCUGUGGAAAUUACAGAAAUGUACCGACUUCCCCGACGACUUUGCACGAUCGCUAAAAGAAUACGGAGAUCGUAUUCGCAUCACCGAGUGGCUAGCGGCUGAUCCGCUUGCUUUGCUGGAGACGGGGCAUAUUGUAGCCUCAGCUAAUCAUGGAGGAUCUAGUUGCUUCCACGAAGCCAUCGCGGCUGGAGUUCCUCAGAUAAUUAUCCCCUUUUGGACCGACCUCUAUGACUUUGCUCGAACUGCCGAGGAUUCUGACAUAGGUGUAUUUGCCACCAAAGACACGGCGCCACAAUGGACCGUCGAAGGUCUGAGUGAGGCCUUUCUGAGGGUCGUCCACGGCAAGGAAAGUUCCCGUAUGAGGAAGAACACAAGACGUCUGAGUGCAAUUGCCAAGAAGAACCGUGGAAGAUAUGUUACAGCAAGGGAGAUCGCUAAGUUGGCGGGGUCAACUUAG